AUGCAUCAUCCCGUUCAGAUGAAGCCUGCUGAUACGGAAAAUAGAAAUGAGAGGAAAUUGUUUAUCGGACAGUUGGCCAAGAAGCACAAUGAAGACGACAUUCGUAAUUAUUUCGGAAAAUUCGGGCAUAUUGAAGAGUGCACUGUGCUGCGGGAAGCUGACGGUAAAAGCAGAGGUGAGCCGAUGAGAAAUAAUUUUGGUUUUCCACAAUGCGACAAAAAGAGGGACGCUUUCUGUGCGGUUUGGGAAUGA